GACAUUAUUCACACCCCCCAUUUCCCUUCACCUUCUUCUUCUUCUUCUUCCAAAGAGAAAAAAAAAUCUCAAAUUUCUCCAUUUUCACUUGUUGAUCCAAAAAUUCAAGAAAAAUGAGGAUUCGAAAACCCAUACCCAAUUCACCAUCUUCGUCUUCAUCAUCGUCGUCAUCUUCAUCUUCUUCAUCUUCCUUGUACACGUUCUCUUCCCUAACAGAUAACUCCUUUGCUUCAUCCAUAGAUUCAUCUUCCUCAACUUCAACUUCUUCCUCUAUCACCACUGCUAGAUGUCAAGGCCUUGAUCUGCUAGUCAAGGCCAUUCAUCAGGUUACUGAUGGUUCUGUUGUGGGUGUUCCUUACAUUCAGAAAAGGGUCAUCACGAGGAGGAGGAGAAGAGUUUUGAGCUUUGAAAGGUUUUUUAUAGCAGAGUGUUUUGAGAAACAGGAUGAUGGGGUGAAGUGCAAAGAUGGGUCGUUGCCUAAAAGACAGCAAAGGAAGAGAUUGAAGACUGUUCCGACUAAGUAUCAAGAUUCAGCGAUGAUUCAGUCAUCGAAGCCGAAACCCAAAAGCCGGAGACUUCAGAGAUCUGCUAAGAUUUGUGAGGAAUUGGGGUCGUGAAACUGUUUUUCUCUAUUUUGAUUCUUCUCUUUUUCCGAGAUCUUAGAUGAUCUUGUUCUCUUAGAGGUAUCAAUUUGAUAUAUAGUAUUUUUGCUUUUUUUUUUUUUGGUGGAUGGGUAAUUUUUCUGUUUUCAAUUUGUAAUGGAGUAUGUUAUAGUGAAUUUUCGAUCAAUGAAGAUAUGGUGAAAAUUGAAAAUUUUGGGGUAUCAGAUUCUGAUCUGACUUGUGAAUCUUUUGGAUUUCAUAGUAGCUACUCAAUAUUUGUAUUCUACUAGAUUUUAGAUUUAUGAAAUUGGUUAGUAUCCCAAGAUGAAAUUUUGAAAGA